CCCGCUUUCAACCUCCGUCCAUGAUAGGAAAACACUUGUUCCAAGAGAUGGAAACAAUCUUACUAACCUGGAGGGAUCUUGAAGCAACCAACAAUGUCUCCCGAACCCGUGCGCAAAGGUCGAGUGCGAACGGGUUGCCUCACUUGCCGAUCCAGGAAAGUCAAGUGUGACGAAACCAGACCAAUCUGCCACAACUGCACACGUCUCAAUAGAGCUUGCUUCUACGAGGCUUCACCUCUCGACUUCUCGCUGAUCUCCCGCGGUCUUAAUAACGAACACACGGCACUGGAAAAGUCUGUCAGUGUCUGGGCCGAAGGCCAAUUUGACAAUAUCGACCCUGUCACUAUCACCAAUGUCGCCACUUCGUCCCAUUACGUCACUGGUGACGGUAGCCUGGUGGUCCCAGAGUCAUCGAGCACGAACAUAGACGAUGCCUCAAUCGACUUCAACUUCAUGACGGGCGAAUGGGGUGACCUUUUCCCAGCAGGCACGAAUGAAUCAUGCGGCCUAGGCCCAUCUCCUCAAUGGGCUCUGGGGGACGCUGUCAUCCAAAACCAUGACAUAUCGGAGGAUCAAGAGUCACCAUUUUCAUAUUUCCUGUCCAGUGUGGAACCUCCCUUCAUUACACCAUGGGACUCGAUGAAUUGGGCGAGGAUGAAAGUUCACAUCUCCCGACUAGGAGCCCUCAACCCGGCGGUCUUGGCGGCAGUAGUAGCCGUCGAGACGCUGUACAAGACCUUGGUGGACGAUGGGGACAGCGCUGAUGCCCUACCCGAAUAUUUCGCGGCUAAGGGCGCUUAUCUUUCGCUCUUGAAAGACGAAGGCGCAGACACGGAGCUCAUACUAGUCGCCACAUUUUUGCUGUGCUGUUUCGAAGUUGUGGCUCAACAGGAGACUGUCUCGGGCACGCUGAAGCAGAAGGAUAUAUUGGUGACGAGGCUCGAGCAGCGGUCUAAAAGCCAGCCGUGGUCCCCCAUUGUUCGUCGUAUCGUCUCCUGGCUACGCCUGUUCCACACAAAGGCCAUGCAUCUUGGUGGACGAGGAAUGCUCAGCCCCAAGCUCUCGGAACUACUGCUCCAAGCAGAGCAGCAACCCCCUCCAUCCUUGGCAUCCAUGUGCCUGGAUCAGCCUACAGCCGCGCUCGCCGCCGUUGACUCGCUCCAGCAAUCCCUGUUUCAGUUUUACUGCGAGUUGCAGCACAUCAGCACCAGAGUGUCAGCUCUGAAUCGUCACCACCGGCCCAGGGGCACUCCUGCCGACGAGAUGAAGGUCGACGACAUAUCGAAGGAUAUUGACCAACGCUUAAAGUACCUCUGGGAGGGCCGUCCGUGUUUGCUCGAGGUUGCAACUCCGGAUAUCAGUCACGCCGCCGCCGAAAAUUCUGCAAAUGACCUGUCCCACCUGGCUUUUGUGGCAAGACUUUGCAAAAUAUCCUACAACGCGGAAAUCAUUUACCAUGCGCGUGGUCACGGAAGGUCUCAUUCACAAUCACCAACCACGGUGGCUGCGAAAGGGGAGAUUCGAAAACUGAUUGAUGCACGGGAGGCAUGUCCAGAGGGGACCAGCCUCCACCCGGCCUUCAUCUGGCCGCUUUUCCUUUACUCUGUCGAAAGCAGCACCCAGGAUGAGGUCCGUUGGGCGUUGGAUAAACUGGAAUUGGUAUCUAAUCCGCUAUGGAACACAACCACCAUCAAAGCUUUCAUACGUGAGUUGACCGAAGAACAGUUUAGAAAGGGAGAAAGGGUCGACUCGAGAUAUUUCUGUGUUGAGAGAUUUGGGAUUGUCCCCCCAUUUAUGUAAAUGAAAGGGAAGUAGCAGAUG